AUGCCGUUGACCACUGUUGUUGGAAGCUCUGGAAGUGGGAAGACGACAUUCCUAAACGACCUGAACAAGCAGAGUAAAUGUGUCUAUAUAAGACAAUACCACCAGAUUCGCCCAUACUUGAUGGUCUCUCGCAUUCCCAACUUUGACGCAACCAAACUACCUUACUGGAGUAUCUAUGAAGGAGAAGGUACUGCCAAUAAGAUCCCCGCGGGGGGGACCAUGGCGGGAGAGUUCACGCCUGGGUUGAGUGGGGGGCAACGCAAGCUGUUGUUGUUCGAACUGAUUGUCCAACGUGCCACGCAAUGCGGACAAAAGCUGCUGAUUGUCCUCGAUGAACCAUUUUCGGGCGUCACUGAUGACUUUGUUCCUUGGAUUGUGGAACGUCUUGAUUUUCUUCGUUCCAACGGACACAAUAUUGUCUUGGUGACCAACGAUCACGUUCACACACUCAUGGAACUAGCCGACAAUACAAUUACCGUCUCGGCCGUGAAUCGAAAUGUUGUAUCCAUCAACCAGGAUCAUACAUGCCAACGAGAAAUGGUCCUGCAUGCAUUAAGCAGCACCGGGGUGGACUACAUGUAUCCGAAAGCAACACAAAAUGACCUAAUCUUUUUCUUCAAUGUUGAAAUCCUUUCCUCCAAGGCGGUUUUGGGAGUUGCUUGCUUUACCAUAUUCUUCUUUGCGCUCUUUUUAGUGUCAUUUUGGGACUCUCAAACCAGCAGCUAUGUCUUGAUUCUCAUUGCUGGAGAUAUCAUUGCCUUCUUCUCAGUCAAUCCCUACCUUCUGAGUCUCGUGGACUGGAGAAAUGCUGUAACAGAAGAAGCUGAAGCGUUGGUUCAUUCCAGCAAAGCCAUGAACAAGCUACUCAAGACAAUCCUUUGUGCAUUGCUGAUAUUCGUGGUUUGCUCUUUGGAAUUUGGCAUGGUGAAUGCAGUCGUUUCAGGUCUGGAAGAUGCAAAGUUCCUCUUAGCAAUGUUCUGCGAUACGGGCAGCACGACGUUGCCCUUUGUAGUGUUUGGCUUGUACACCACCUGGCCGCAUCAAGUGUGUGAGACGCUUGCCCUUUUGCCUUUUCUAUUCUUGAUUUUCUUCUCGACGACGUUUAGUCCAGGAGCAGGUGUGCCAGUUGUGAAGGAGCUUCGAUACCUUUUUGCACGCUUUUACUUCUGGUGUAUGGUGCCUGGAGCUCAAGAAUACAUGGAAGGAUGCCCCGAAAAUGAAACACUCAAUAUUUUAUUGAUGUGCUUGACUGGCCUUGGAACGGUAUUUCUCUUUGUCAUCUUUGUGGCCAUCAAAAAUUGCUUAAAGUCUACAAAAAAGGCCAAAGUAGUUGAACGACGUGACACUCUGCAGAAGGAUGCAGGCUUUCAGGCUCUGGUCGAAGAACUCUUUGGUGGGGAUGCAGUGUCAUCGAGGAAACAAUGGCGACAAUCAGAGAUUGGCAGCAAAUCAAAGAAGGAAAUCUCCGACCGUGCUUCCGUUCCUUCACCAUCGUCACCCAAAAAGCAAUAUUAUGAGCCAACAGCAAACCCGGGUGAUACAGAGGUAGAUUGUUAG